AUGAUUCCUGGGGCAGGUCUUAACAGGGGACAAGCUUUGUCCACGCCUGCCCUGACCAAACUUUCUCCUUCAGCAGAACCAAAGCCGGAGAUCCACCCAUGUCCCUCCUGCUCUGUGGCCUUCUCCAGUCAGACAUUCCUCAGCCAACAUGUGAAACGCUAUCACCCCUGGGAGGCUCUGCCAGGAGCAUCUGCAGGACAACACCUCCAGUCAGAGGAACCCGGCUCAGAGCCUCAGGAUCAGCAGCAGCAGCAGCAUACUGGUACACAUGACUGCAAUGACAAAGCUGAAGGUCAAGAGGCCAGAGGAAGGUCCAAACCUCUGCUUAAAAGUAUCAGAAAGAGGAGAAUUUUAAGGGCCUCUUUCAAACCUCCCCACAGACAAACGGGGAGCUCCAGUGAGCAUGAGAGAGUAAUGGAGGAACAGCCCAGCACAGGCCAGAACUUGAAUCUAAAGAACCCAGGGAAAUUAUCUGUGGGAGUAAGAAUGUCAAAAAUUGUAACAAUCAAGCAUGGAGGGUGUGGGCAAGGCUUUAAUGAAGGGUCACAUAUCAACACAGACCAGAGGACACACUCAGGGGAGAAGCCCUGUGUGUGCAGGGAGUGUGGGCGAGGCUUUAGAGAUAAGUCAACUCUCAUCAGACACCAGAGGACACACUCAGGGGAGAAGCCCUAUGUGUGCAGGGAGUGUGGGCGAGGCUUUACACAGAAGGCACAUCUCAUCACACACCAGAGGACACACUCAGGGGAGAAGCCCUAUGUGUGCAGGGAGUGUGGGCGAGGCUUUACAGUGAAGUCAUCUCUCAUCACACACCAGAGGACACACUCAGGGGAGAAGCCCUAUGUGUGCAGGGAGUGUGGGCGAGGCUUUACACAGAAGGCACAUCUCAUCACACACCAGAGGACACACUCAGGGGAGAAGCCCUAUGUGUGCAGGGAGUGUGGGCGAGGCUUUAGAGAUAAGUCACAUCUCAUCACACACCAGAGGACACACUCAGGGGAGAAGCCCUAUGUGUGCAGGGAGUGUGGGCGAGGCUUUACAGAUAAGUCAUCUCUCAUCAAACACCAGAGGACACACUCAGGGGAGAAGCCCUAUGUGUGCAGGGAGUGUGGGCGAGGCUUUACAGUGAAGUCAUCUCUCAUCACACACCAGAGGACACACUCAGGGGAGAAGCCCUAUGUGUGCAGGGAGUGUGGGCGAGGCUUUACAGAUAAGUCAUCUCUCAUCAAACACCAGAGGACACACUCAGGGGAGAAGCCCUAUGUGUGCAGGGAGUGUGGGCGAGGCUUUACAGUGAAGUCAUCUCUCAUCACACACCAGAGGACACACUCAGGGGAGAAGCCCUAUGUGUGCAGGGAGUGUGGGCGAGGCUUUACAGUGAAGUCAUCUCUCAUCACACACCAGAGGACACACUCAGGGGAGAAGCCCUAUGUGUGCAGGGAGUGUGGGCGAGGCUUUACAGUGAAGUCAUCUCUCAUCAAACACCAGAGGACACACUCAGGGGAGAAGCCCGGGGUUUGCAGGGAGGGUGAGUGAGUCAUUAGCCCUAAAUUGCAAUCCAGCAGCCGCAGGAGAG